AUGCCCGGCGUAAACAUACCUGAAACUCAAAAAGCCGGAAUCCUCCAAAACCCUGGUUCGGACUUCGCCUUCAGCAUUGAAAAUGUUCAAAUCCCCACAAUUACCCCGCAACAAGUCCUUGUCAAACUAUCCGUCACAGGCGUCUGUGGCACAGACGUUGCCCUCGCAAAAGGCUACCUUGGCCCAACGCAGCAAAUCCUCGGCCACGAGGGAGUUGGCAAAAUCGUCCAAGUCGGAGCCGCAUGUACGAAUCCCAAUGCCUUGCUCGGUCAAACAGUCGGCGUAGGCUGGAUCCGUGAUGCGUGUGGCUCGUGUAAGAACUGUGCACGAGAUACGACCCGGUGCGAGACGCAGGUAUUUAGCGGCCGUGAUAUUUCGGGUACACUGACUUCCUACGUCGCGGUUCCGGACCGCUACAUAACGUCUUUACCGCAGGAUGUUUUGCCUGAAUUACUGGCCCCGGUGAUGUGUGCUGGUGUUACGGCGUACAAGGCGCUGAAGGUGGCUGGGGCGACCCCCGGAUCGUGGGUGCUUAUUUCAGGCGCUGGAGGCGGAGUUGGGGUGUUGGCUGUUUCUUAUGCGAAGGCGAUGGGGUAUCGGGUUAUCGGCGUUGAUGGCGGUUCAAAAAGGAAGAGAGUUGUCAUGGACGCUGGUGCGGAGGCUUAUAUCGAUUAUCAAGCACAGGAUGACUUGAAGAGUGUAUUGCUGAAAGAGACUGGUGGGAAUCUUUGUGCGGCUGCUAUUGUUUGUGCGGGUGCCACGACGGCGUAUGAGAGUGCGAUUGAGUGUUUGGAUUAUUUCGGGACACUUGUUGCUGUUGGAAUCCCACCGCCGUCUUGGAAGGUGCAGAUUCAUCCCCUGAUUUUGAUUGAUUAUGGGAUUCGGAUGAUUGGGAGUAUUACGGGGGAUCGCGCUGAUAUUGCCGAGGCGGCAGAGUUUGUGCGUCGGGGUGUGGUUGUGCCAAAGGUUACUGUGGUUGAUCUGGAUUCACUGGAUGAGUGGAUGCAGCGCAUUGAUGAGUUCGAGGGUGAGAAGCUUGUUGUUCGCUUAGAUAGUUCUGUUUAG